AUGACGCAGGACACCGCAAGGGCAACCGGUGGGGCAGCGGAGGGCGACAGGGGGGGCACCAGUGACGCGUCAGCAGCGGCGCAGUUGUCACCGGAGGAAUUGGAGAACAUCGACUCACUCACCAACCAGCAGCUUCGCAACCGCUCAACGCAGCUUCAGCGUGAAAUACAUCAGUUGAAGAAUGAGGAGCGAACCAUGUCUUCGGAAUUGGCGGGGUUGAGAAGGGAGGUGGAAGAGAGCCAGAAACGUGUGCGCGAUAGCAACAAGCUUCCAUAUCUCGUUGCCAGCAUCGCAGAGGUACUGGAUCUUGAGGCAGACGACCAGGAUGUGGAGGAGUUGAAUGUUGGAAAGAAAAAGUCUCGACAUCCACAAAAGAGCGCUAUAAUAAAGACAUCAAGCCGGCAGACGGUUUUUCUUCCUGUUGUUGGCCUUGUUGACGCAAACAAACUUUCCCCACAGGACCUCGUUGGUGUAAACAAGGAUACCUUCCUUGUACUCGAAGAACUUCCACCGGAGUACGACAGCCGUGUGAAGGCGAUGGAGAUUGUAGAGAAACCCAAAGAAAAGUACACCGAUGUGGGAGGACUCGAUAAACAGAUUAAUGAAAUGAUUGAGGCCGUCGUGCUUCCCAUUACGGAAAAGGAAAAAUAUGUGCGUAUUGGUAUUAAACCACCGAAGGGCGUGCUGCUCUAUGGUUCUCCGGGUACUGGAAAGACCAUGCUGGCCCGUGCGUGUGCAGCCGCAACUGAUGCCUGCUUCUUGCGCCUCGCUGGACCGCAGCUCGUACAAAUGUACAUUGGGGAGGGAGCGCGUAUCCUUCGAGACGCCUUUGCUCUUGCGAAGAAGAGAGCACCAACUAUUAUUUUUAUUGAUGAGCUCGAUGCUAUCGGCUCGCGCCGUUCGGACGAGGGAAGUAAACACGGGUCACGGGAAGUGCAGCGCACGAUGUUGGAGCUCCUUUCGCUGCUUGAUGGCUUUGGAAGCACCGACGACGUGAAGGUUAUUGCGGCAACGAAUCGUAUCGAUGUCCUUGAUCCCGCUCUGUUGCGUAGCGGGCGCAUUGACAGAAAGGUGGAGUUCACUCUUCCGGAUGAGGAGGCCCGCGCUCACAUUCUUCAAAUUCAUUCCCGUCGCAUGGCACUUCAUGGGGAUGUGAAUUUUGAAGAGAUUUCCCGCAUGACGGAGGAUAUGAAUGGGGCACAACUCAAAGCUGUGUGUGUCGAGGCCGGUAUGUUGGCACUCCGCAACGAGCGGGUUUAUGUGGCUCACGAGGACUUCGCAGAGGGGGUUACGGCUGUGCAAGCACGCAAAAAAUCUAGCUUGAACUAUUACGCAUAG